AUGGAUUUCUGGUCGCGCUUGUUAAGCCCUCUCUCCUCCGGGAGCUCCCGUCAGGAACAGGCAAAGGAUCCUGCCAAGCGUCUUCAUCGCUUCGAGAAGGAGUACGCCGGAUUGCUGUCUAUCUGGCGCAAAUCUACCAACCUGUCCCAAGACAUCGACGCCGCCGAAACGGUCGAGAUUAGGCUCCAAGAGCUUACCAAUAUCCUCAGCGACGAAAGCCGCCGGCCGCUGCCGCACCCGUGUAUCCAGUAUGCCUCUAUCAAGCAGAUAUACGUGCCCAUCGGGAAGAUUGCGACGUCGUCCUACAACGAAUGGAUCAUAAAAGAGGCUGUCCUCUUCUUUGCAACCCUAAUUGAGAGCGAAGAAGAGGCAUUUGUCGAGAACCAUACCUUCUCUGCUAGUCUAACAAACCUGCUGGUGCGCAUUACUGGCGUCAACAGUGCUCGUCUCGGGCUGGAUACCGAGUCACGAGUAGUGGAGCUGGCGUUCAACAUCACCACCAAGAUACGUUUAGACCCUGAGAUCUUGCCUGCUUGGUUUAAGACGCAGCAGGACGUCAACCGCCCGAGCGACAGGGCCGCCAGUGUCCGGGACAAGUUCGCUGGCCGAACCAAGAGGGCCGAUUUCCCCCUCUUUUAUAUCCUGAUGGACUACAUCCACCACGAAGGCAAGGUCGGUGACUUUGCGCGUACGGGGCUUCUAUACAUCAUCGAGGCCGCUUCGAGCUCGGAAUCGCUGGAGCAAUGGAUCGUCGAGAGUGACCUGUCGACUCUCAUGGCCACUGGACUGGGGGCUCUAUACAGCCAGUUGAGUCGAAAGCUUGUUAUAGACCACCUGCCGAAUAAUCUGCCGCCCAUCCUCGCCCUCUCCGACUACCAACACCCAACAUCAAACUACGAAAUUGUUAGCUCUUGCUCUGGAGAGUUCCAAUCCCAUCUAGAGACCUUUUUGUCACACCUCCUCUUUUGGCAGGAUGUCUUGAACCACUGCAAAUCUGUGGAGGUUAAAUCGACGCUCCUUGAACAUUUCCAGGUUAUUUUCUUACAGCAGCUUUUAUACCCAUCAUUGCUUGAGUCUUCCGAUAUAGACGGAGGCUCAUCCGUUGCAGUUUUGACCUAUCUUCGUCGUAUCAUAGAAUCUCUAGAUCACCCUGACAUGAUCAACCUCAUUCUCCACUACCUGCUGGCUUUGCCUGAAACUGUCACUUCGAAUAGCCCCCCUUCAGGGACUGCCAUAAGCGCUGCUCGGCAGCGCAAAUCCAUGGAUCUUGCUACGAUGAUGGCGGAGAAACCCGACACAACCGCUACUCCGCUGCUUUUCAAUUUAGUCGACCUUAUUCUGGCUUGUCUUCGAUCGCGCAACCAGCAAACAAUUUAUGUCACCCUUCAGCUGGUAUCAGCCAUCGUGAAAAGGCACCAUCGAUAUGCAGUCCUCACCCUCCUCCAGACCGACAUGUUUCCCAGCAACAAUAUUAACCGAACUGUGGGCGCCCACGAGCAAGAAAUUGAGUAUCUGAUGGCCCUAGCAGAGACUAUUGGAGGACGAGACGACUUUGAUGAGACCUACGAGAGCAUUUUGAAAGAUACCAUGGCUCGGCUUGAGAGUCACCCGUGCUCUUUGAGAUUGGUUGCCCCCAGAUUGUCACAGCACAACCACAAGCUACCUACAAUUCCAGACAGUCUCCCCGGCGCGCCCAAAGAUGUUAGAGAACACACGCUCCGCAGCGAUGAUCUUUUGCUCAAUUCUAUACUCGACUUGAUGGAAAACUUCUUCAUGAACCCAGUAGAGACGAAUUUGUCAGUCACUGAUACCAUAGUUGACAUGGCAAUAUGCGGCUACAUGAGUAUCGAGGGUUGGCUUGCGCGAAAUCCCAAGAGCUACACCUACGUCGGGGACGAGCAACAGCCAGGACCCGAAAAAGGGGUGGAAACUAAAUCACAGCAAGAUGGAGAAGGGGAGGAAGAGGCGGAGACGGAGACGGAGAAGGGAGAAGACGCCGAGACUGAACCCGGUAACAAGUCACUGGCUGACGAACUUGGUUCGCAAGACGGUGAUUCUUCGGAUGGCGGUUUCUCGGCAUUCACAGAUGAUACGGAAGCAGAGAGGUUGGAAUCAAUGGAAAAGUGCAGGCGCCGACCAAAAUGGACUCAGCAAUCUCUUCCUCGUAUUCUCAUUGUGUUGAAGCGUCUCUGCGACCAGGUCGAGGCUUUCAAGCAGACGAUACCUCGGUUUGAUGAGCUUCUUCAACAGCGACGAGAAGCUUUCCAGACGGCGAAUGCGAUUAUGGACAACCCCCCAGCCCCAGUUCAGCCUCGCACGCCAGAACGGCCGAGUUCCACCCUUGAUGAGGUUAUCCGAUCAGUGUCUCCGUCACGUCCAACUGGCCUUGAGGGCUUUGCUCAGCGGCUGCUGUCGGAGCUCUCAACUCCAAGCCGCUCUGUAACGCCCAGAGGACGCAAGAAUAGCACUCGGACGUCCGGUGCAUCGACACCUGGUUAUAACGUGUCGGAUUUGCUCUCUCCUAGCCCUUUCCCCAAUACUUCCAAGCCGCUGCCUGACCCCACUAGAAAUGUCCUCAACCGGAGCUUGUCGCCGUCAAGUGCUCAGCGCGAAGCCAGCGGGAGGCGAGAAAGUCGGCACAGCCCAGCAAACAUUCAGCCAGCAGAAUUUACCGCCAUGGAUCAAAGCAUCUUAGCUCGGCGGGUAGCCUUGCCGGGCGAGCAAGUCAAGCUCAUGUCCUUGGACUUGGAGAGAAAGCCGACACAUGAUGCACCCGAGUCUUUGUUCUCUGGAGAUGAACUGGCUAGUCUAGAUGGAGACGAUAGCAGUGCGGACCGGAGCGAAGUUACCACCGAGCCGACUGUGACGACGGAGACGACAGACAAUGCCGAGCCAACGAGUCCGACGAGUGAUGAAAACAUGGUGUCGGUAUCGCACGUCAUUACCAACGUACUGAUAUACCAAGCGUUCCUUUUGGAGCUGGCUAGCUUGAUGCAAGUUCGGGCUGGGCUGUUCAACGAGGUACGCUUUGUUUAA